GAAAAGUAAACAAUUUACAGGAUUAAUACGGAAGUUGUUAUCAAGGUCAGUGCGUGUGGUACGUGUGUUUCAGUCGUUCUUAGUUUGUCACUUGUGGCAAAGUGAAGGUAUUUUUCAGUGUGAUAGAUAUUUUGUAGUUCAGACAUGAAUUUCUUCACAAUCCUGACACUCAGUUGCUUCGUCGCUUGUGCAGCAGUUGUACACAAAAUCAGCAUUUUUCUGGGCUGUUUCAAGAAUGCCACAACUGAACUGAUGGAAUUGGAUGGUAACGAGCUUGGAUAUGUGAAUUACAAUGCGGAGAAGAUCGUUUACACUAUCCCCACAUUUUUUGCUGUCAAUAUAAGCGAAUUAUUGCAUGAUGUGCAUGUAUACGAAGACGCAUCGAAGAGCAAGGAAAACUGCUGGCGCGCUUUGAAUGCUUUAGAACAAUGGGAGAAAUAUCAACUGGAGGUAGAAGACCCCCCAGAGAGUAUCCUCUACCUAGCAGAAGAGCUUCAUCUUGGUGAAGACAACACCCUAAUCUGCCUUGUAGACCAGUUCUUUCCACCAAACAUCCAAGUCCACUGGACCAAGAAUGGUGGUGUGGUAUCAGAGGGGGUGUCCCUCGGUCGAUAUCACCAGAACGAUGAUUACACAUUCCACCAGUUAUCAACACUGAGGUUCACACCACAGGAAGGAGACAUUUAUGGCUGCACUGUGUACCACUCAGCCCUGGACGAGCCAAAAACAAGGUUCUUAGAGAUCGAGUUCAGCCAUCCCGGAGUUUUCCCAGAUGUUUUGUGUGGCGUGGGCUUGACUGUGGCGUUAAUUGGAGUCUCAGCCGGAACUUUUUUAGGAGCCAGAGAACGUUACACAACACCCGUUGUCUGAUUGUAUUUUAAAUAUCUA